AUGUUUGUACUAGUGCAGCGAGAGCCGCAGAGACGGAUUGCUAUUAUCUCGAAGUCAUAUGCCCUUAUAUUCAAGGCCGUGAAGGCCGAUUGCGGUUCGCCAGGCGCUUCUGGGGCGAGCCGGCCCCUCUGUGCCAUCGAGCUGUUGCCCAAGUCACAUCUUCGAGAGCAGAACUUUGAGAAGCUGACAAACCUGGAAGUGUACGGCUUCCUGGGGCUAAUUGAGAUAGAAAACAAGAUCUUCAUAUGCACAAUCACCGGCAAGUCCAAGGUGGCCCGUCCUAUCCCGGGGGAAACUGUUAACAAGAUAUACGCAGUUGAUUUCUUCUGCUUGAACGACGACCGGUGGGACUUUGUCGAGUUCGACACGAACGGGUACUCCAUUCCGACGACCGAGGAGGACUACGCAUCGCAGCAGACCGUGACUAAGCACCCAUGCCAUGAGUUAAAGAAGCUGCUAUCUAACGGAUCGUUUUAUUACAGCUCUGAUUUUGACCUGACUUCGCUGCUGCAGUACCGUGGACUGGACUCGCACUCCUUAAGUUUCGAUGACUUCCAGGAGGAAUAUAUGUGGAACUCCUUUCUCAUGCAGGAGAUUAUUAGCUUUCGGGACAAGCUGGAAGACCAGGCACGCCAGGUUUUGGAUGAUGAAGGGUUCCUGACGACGGUGAUCCGGGGGUUUGCGGAGACGUUUCCUACAUACAUUGGGUCCCUACCGGUGUGGGUCACCAUAAUUUCCAAGCAAAGUUGGCGGCGGGCCGGCACAAGGUUCAACGCGCGGGGGAUAGAUGAUGAAGCAAAUGUGGCUAAUUUUGUGGAGACUGAGUUCAUUAUGUAUUCGAAUGAUUACUGUUACGCAUUCACAGAAAUUCGGGGCAGCGUCCCGAUAUUUUGGGAGCAGGAUACAUCUUUGAUUAACCCAAAGGUGCAAAUAACGCGGUCCAUUGAGGCCACUCAACCCAUAUUUGACGAACACUUCCAACGGCUUGUGGACAAGUAUGGCCCCAUACACGUUGUGAACCUUCUAUCCACCAAAUACUCUGAGAUGGAGCUCUCCAGGCGCUAUAGAACUCAUAUAGAACGCUCAAAAAGCCUUAAACUUGAUGAGAAUAUUUUUCUGACCGAAUUUGACUUCCAUCGGGAGACGAAAGACCAGGGAUUUUCUGCUGCAAGCAGAAUUAGGCCGAUGAUCGAGCGGUCUCUACUCGAAAAUGGUUAUUUCUCUUAUGACGUCAAAGAGAACAAGCCUAUAUCAAAACAGCGCGGUGUUUUCCGAGUUAACUGUUUAGACUGCUUGGAUAGGACAAACUUGAUUCAACAGUUCAUCUCACGGUACGCAUUUUUGCUCUUCCUACAAGAUUUCCAAAUAGUCAAGUCUAAUGUUGUGAACAAUAUGGAGGACUAUGAAUGGUUCCAAAAACACAACAACCUGUGGGCGGAUCAUGGAGAUGCUGUAUCGCAAAUCUAUACUGGUACCAACGCCCUUAAAUCUUCGUUCUCCAGGAAAGGGAAAAUGUCCUUGGCUGGCGCGUUAUCAGAUGCUACCAAAUCUGUUAGCCGUAUGUACAUCAACAAUUUCAUGGAUAAAGGAAAACAGCAGAACAUCGACUCUUUGCUGGGUCGGUUACCUCACCAACAGCCAGUGCAGCUAUAUGAUCCCAUCAAGGAAUAUGUCACUUCGAAAUUGGAAACAAUGGCCCAUGAAUUUACAAAGUCCUCCAAGAUAAGUCUUUUGGUGGGGACCUUCAAUGUAAACGGCCUGACGAAAAAGGUCGACAUAACUGAUUGGUUGUUUCCUAUUGGAAAUAAGUAUUUGCCAGAUGUGGUCGUACUGGGUAUGCAGGAAGUCAUUGAGCUAAAUGCGGGAUCAAUUCUUAAUGCUGACUAUUCGAAGAGUAAUUUUUGGCAGCAAUUGGUCAAUGAAUGUCUGAAUCAAUACAAUGAGAAAUAUUUGUUGUUGCGAGCUGAGCAGAUGUCUUCUUUAUUGAUCUUAUUCUUCGUUAAGUCGACGAAGGUAUCUCAUAUCAAACGCGUUGAAGGAGGCAGUAAAAAAACAGGCUUUGGCGGAAUUACUGGUAACAAAGGUGCGGUUGCAAUCCGGUUUGAGUAUGGAAAUACCUCAUUCUGUUUUGUAAACUGCCAUUUAGCCGCAGGGAUCUCAAAUACCGAGGAGCGCCGUUCUGACUACGAGAGUAUCGCCAAAGGCAUCAAUUUCACCAGAUCGAAGAAGGUACCACACCAUGAUUCCAUCUUUUGGCUGGGUGACCUAAACUACAGACUUGCGCUGCCAAACGAGGAUGUUAGGCAGAUAUUGAAUAAUAAAGAAGAUGGUUAUAUCGAGAAACUUCUAGCUUACGACCAGUUGACUCAGGAGAUGAGUAACGGAUCCUCAUUUAAGGGAUUUAUGGAACCCUCAAUUCAAUUCCGUCCAACCUACAAGUACGAUCAUGGUACUAACCGCUAUGAUAGCUCAGAAAAGGCACGUACUCCAUCUUGGACUGAUAGAAUCAUUUACAAAGGCAAGAACCUACAACCAAUGGCAUACGGAGACGUCUCACUUUGCCUGAGCGACCAUAAGCCUGUCUAUUCAGCAUAUAAAGCCGACGUGAACUUUGUGGAUGAAACGAUAAAAAUGUCACUAACCAAAGAGCUAUACUUCCGAUACAAGGAGGCGCACCCAGAACAGGCAUCAAACACAUCUAUUGCUUUGAUAGAUGUCGUAGCGGAGUCCAAGGGCGCUAGAAAGCGCAAUAUGGAAAGUCCAAUAAAUGAUUGGAGUGAAACCAACUUGUUGGACUUAGAACCUGCUUCUGUUGUAAGCAUACCAUCGUCCAACUCCUCUACGCCAGGCAUGUCGCCCCAGCCGCCUGCACAUGUUCAAAAGCAUAUUCCAGGCCCUGGAGGAAGACACAGGGUUCCACCGCCUCCGCCACCAGCACCUCGGGGCAACGGCAUCGCCGCAUCUGGAACAAACUCGCAGAGAUCGCUACAGACAAACAGUACCCAGGGGAGCCCAGUCCCACCGGCAAAAGUAGGUCCGCCUGUUCCUGCUCGGCGCGGCACGCUCCCCCCUGGGUUCAGCGACUCUAUCCUCGUACCUAAAAAUGCAUCCAGUAGCGCACUUUCCUCCACCAGCACCAACAGCGGCAAGGCCGCCAGCAACUCUCCCAGUCCCACCCCACGUCCUAGCAGCUCAGUAUCUGCUGCUGGUGACUCUGAGGCGAACCACGCAUCCCCUACUGGGUCCAGUGCAGCGUACACAUCCACUAAACAACCUCCAGCGGUUCCAAAGAAAAAGCCCGAACUGGAACGCCUCACUCUGGACUCGUGGAAACCCCUCACACCGAAGUAG